CCUGUUCAAAUGUACCACAGCUCAAGCGCACUUCCUGCGCAGAUCUCCAGUGACAGUCCCUGGCACUGCUGUGUACGCGUUAGAGCUUCCUCGGGAACGCACGGUCGAGCCACAAGAUGCGCACUGGGCGCUACAGCUUGGGAGGAGCUUCGGGAUUUUCCCCCCUCGUUCCACGCCACACUCGAGUGGAGACUCGUUUGCCAGAGGAGAUAUAGUGGAAAAGGUGUUGGCUCAGCCUCGAUCUGGCAUCUUCCGCUAAAAUGAGCCCACCAGACACAUCCAACAGCACAAGCGAAGGGGAGGAGGAUCAAACCUACCCCUUGAGUCUCCCCAACAACAGCAUGGGUUUUCACACACCUGGUUUUCACACUGACAUUACCAAGCACCUUGGAGUCCAGAUCACAUUAAUCACGGCAUAUUCACUGAUCAUUCUGCUGGGGCUGCUGGGGAAUUCACUCGUCAUCUACAUGAUUAUUCGUUACAGAAACAUGCGGACUGUGACCAACUUCUUUAUCGCUAACCUGGCCCUGGCAGAUCUCCUGGUGAAUACUCUCUGCCUGCCCUUCACUCUGGUUUACACUCUGCUGGACGAGUGGAAGUUUGGGGCCUUGUUGUGCCACAUGGUUCCCUUCGCCCAGGCCUUGAGUGUGCACGUAUCCAUCCUCACUCUAACAGUCAUAGCCCUGGAGCGUUACCGCUGCAUUGUCUUCCACCUCGGUCGACGUCUGACGUGGCACUCCAGCUUCCUCAUCAUGGCCUUCACCUGGACUACGUCAGCUGUUCUGGCAGCACCCCUGGCUAUUUUCAGAGAGUACCGACAUGAGCAGAUUCUGUCUAUUAACAUGGAUUUUGCUGUCUGUUCUGAGAAGUGGCCUCAUGGUACAAGCAGGGACGGAGUCAUCUACAGUCUCUCCAUGCUGCUCCUACAGUACAUCAUCCCCUUAGCCAUCAUCAGCUACGCCUACAUCUGCAUCUGGGUCAAACUGAAGAACCACGUCAGUCCAUCCAGCCGCAACGACAGCAUCAACCGCCGCAAAAAGACUACCAAAAUGUUAGCGCUGGUGGUGGUGGUGUUUGCAGUCUGCUGGCUGCCGUUCCACGUGUUUCAACUGGCCAGUGAUUUAGACCUGGUGCUCAGGCUGAAGGAGUACAAACUGAUAUACACUGUGUUUCACAUUAUAGCCAUGUGCUCGACUUUUGCUAACCCUUUCCUGUACGGGUGGAUGAAUAAAAACUACAGGACUGGCUUUCUCAUGGUUUUCCGCUGCGAGGAUAAGCCAGAUUCUUUCCACCCUGAGGGCUCCUUCAGGACUUGCUCAAUAAGAAGGCUGACUCUGAAUGGUCGCAAUGGCGGACAUCCUCCAACUGCUGUAUGAGAUUAACAUAAUUGAGAAGCCUAGUUAUGACUUAACACAUUGAAAGCACCUUUGUUUUUCAGUGCUCGUGGUUUCAAGAGUAGCCUUUUGACUUGAAUGGUCUGAGCUUGAGUAUCUUUGUCAGUGGAGAGGGCUCGAAGGUUUGCAUGCAAAUCGUUUUCUGUAGGGCUUGUCUUUCGUUUGUGAAUGGUACUUGUGAAAAACCUUGUCAAACCUAUUCAGAUCUGUGUUUAAAAUGUUUACUAUGAUGUUAUUUAACUUGGUUAGCUGUAUAAUGUGUUUCCUGUAACUGAUGAAUUCUUGUUGGUAAGUAACGUCCAGUUAAUCAUGCACUCUGUUGCAUAUGUGGCCUCUCUAUGACCAAUAAUGCUCAAAGAAUUAAUGGAAGGAAGAGAGAAAUCAUUGUGACUGUGAUGAAAUUAAAUUUUUCACACUCAUUUUUCUCUUGGUUGGCUGUCCAAAGCAUUUGGAUGGUUUUCACUCAAUUAUUCCAAAUACUGCUUUUUGGGUUCAUUCAUUCAAGCCUCAUCCAAGGAAUCCAGAAGAGGCUAUCCGUGAUUUUUUCCAUCUGGGAAAUUAAUUGCUCUUACCUGACAACCAGAUGUUCCAAAUUAGAUGGACCAGCAGGCCUCUGUGUCCAAAGGAAUGAGAUUGAAACCCAGUGGACUUUUUAAAGUGAGAGCAACAGGGUCUUAAUGCCUCAGCAGCAUGAAGGGAGCUGUUUUAAGGAUAUUAAAAAAAAAUCCUGAUUAAGAAGCAGUCAAAACAUGUAUAUUAACACUCAGCUGCUAAAUUGUCCUUUUUCAGGGUCUUUAACCUAUGACAGAGGAACAUUUCUCUUUACCCCUAGGCAGACACGUUUGGGGCUUUUUGCACAUUCUUCCAAUAGUUCUUAUUAACAUCUGGGAAACUAGAUGUAGACUUAAGUUUGGGUGGAACUUAAAUAAUUACAGCUAUAUAAAGUAGAUGCAAAAUAAGUGUGUGUCUUAUCCUGUAUGGGAAUGUUGUACAAGAGAAAAUGGUGGCUCAUGACACAAGGCAUUCAACACACUGACACCAUAUGUAGACCAGUCCAAAACCAUCCGGGUUGGUAGUCCAUUGCACCAUCAACACUGUAAGACAGCACAAUCCACCAAGAGAAGACAGAGUGACAUAAAACAAUGCAUAUUCUGAAACUGAAGUUCAUUAAAGUCAUUCUCAAACUUGAACAACAACAACAAGAACCUGUGGAUCCAAAAAUAAUCAAAUAAAAGAAUUUAAUGAACAA